UUUGGGACACAGCCGCACACUUGCGCUUCACUGCAGCGCGGCCGGUCCACACGCUCCCUGCCCGCUCAGCCGCUCAGCAGCGUUACUGUAUCAGUGAUCAUCGGCAUCAUGGUGCUGGACCUGGACCUGUUUCGGAAGGACAAGGGCGGAGAUCCGGAGAUAGUGAGGGAAACGCAGAGGAAGCGGUUUAAAGAUGUGGCGCUGGUGGAUAACCUGGUUCAGGCGGAUUCGGAGUGGAGGAAGUGUCGUUUCACCGCUGAUAAUCUCAACAAGGCAAAGAACUUAUGCAGCAAGGCUAUUGGAGAGAAAAUGAAGAAGAAGGAGCCAGUUGGUGAUGAUGAGACUCUUCCAGACGAUGCCCAGAACUUGGAAGCUCUCACAGCAGAGACGUUAUCGGCUCUGACAGUGACUCAGAUUAAGAAGGUCCGGCUGUUGGUGGAUGAAGCUAUUCAGAAAUCAGACAGCGAGCGGCUGAAGCUGGAGGCAGAGCGCUUUGAGUACCAGCGGGAGAUCGGGAAUCUCCUGCACCCUUCAGUUCCCAUUAGCAAUGAUGAGGACGCCGACAAUAAGGUGGAGCGCACCUGGGGCGACUGCACAGCGCAGAAGAAGUACUCUCAUGUGGACCUGGUCGUCAUGGUUGAUGGAUAUGAAGGAGAGAAGGGGGCGAUUGUCGCUGGGAGCCGAGGAUAUUUCCUGAAGGGGCCUCUGGUUUUCCUGGAGCAGGCCUUGAUUAACUAUGCCCUGCGGAUCCUCUACAGGAAGAACUACAAUGUCCUUUACACCCCCUUCUUCAUGCGGAAAGAGGUCAUGCAGGAGGUUGCGCAGCUCAGCCAGUUUGAUGAGGAGUUGUAUAAGGUGAUUGGGAAAGGUAGUGAGAAGUCUGAUGACAACUCAGUGGACGAGAAGUAUUUGAUCGCCACUUCCGAGCAGCCAAUCGCAGCCUUCCUGAGAGAUGAGUGGCUAAAGCCGGAGGAUCUCCCCAUCCGCUACGCUGGCCUCUCGACCUGCUUCAGACAGGAAGUGGGUUCCCAUGGCCGAGACACUCGCGGCAUUUUCAGAGUUCACCAGUUUGAGAAAAUUGAGCAGUUCGUGUACUCCUCCCCUCAUGACAACAAAUCAUGGGAGAUGUUUGAUGAGAUGAUCGGAACAGCAGAGGAAUUUUACCAAACACUCGGAAUUCCCUACCGCAUCGUCAACAUCGUCUCCGGUGCUCUGAACCACGCAGCCAGCAAGAAGCUGGAUCUCGAGGCGUGGUUCCCUGGAUCCCAGGCCUUUAGAGAGCUGGUGUCCUGCUCCAACUGCACAGAUUAUCAAGCUCGCCGCCUGCGCAUCCGCUACGGCCAGACUAAAAAAAUGAUGGACAAGGCUGAGUUUGUACACAUGCUCAAUGCAACCAUGUGUGCCACCACCCGAGUAAUAUGUGCCAUCCUGGAAAAUUUCCAGACAGACGAGGGCGUAGUCAUUCCAGAGCCGCUCAGGGACUUUAUGCCUCCAGGCUUAACAGAAAUGAUCAAGUUUGUGAAGCCCGCUCCUAUUGACCAAGAGCAGUCCAAAAAGCAGAAGAAACAGCAGGACGGAGGGAAGAAGAAGAAGAAGCAGAACGCCGAGGAUUCUGACCUUCAAACCCAAGUAGAGAACAUGUCAGUCAACUCCUAGAUUUUACACUUCCACACGUCCUGCCAGUCACCGCCGUCUUCAUCUCAUUAAACUAUUACCGUUUUAUCCAUCAUCUUCACUUCUGGUGAAAAUCGGAAUCUUCUGCAGGUUCUGUUCCGGGUUUCAGGGACGGCUUUAAAAGACCUGAGGAGGGAAGGUUCUGUCCUGUUAACGUUUCCGUGUUCAGUAUAGGUCAUGCAGUUUGUGAACAUACAUAUUUAAAAUUUAGGUUUAAGUACAUAAUAAAGGGAACAUGGGUAUAAACACUGUAAUCCGUAUGGUAAUGGUGUAGUAAUACUUUGGUAUGUUGCUGCUCCUGAGCUUCUAUUAAAGGAAUUCAAAUUUAAUGAUUAAUAAUCUGAAAAUCUUCAACUUCUCUGAAGCAUGGUCUAGAAAAUGAAGUCACAGAGCCUAAAAUCAACUUUAAUGGGUAAGAAUUACCUUCUUCAAUGCUGCAACUUUGGUUGUGGGUGGCAAAUUUCAUUUAAAACAACCUGUCUGCCUUGAAUUAGCUCCCUCUGAAGAGUUUCUCAUCUUCAUCUUCAUCAUUGUCACUUAGAUGUCACGGCUGAAGAAUGAUCUCAUCACUUAUGUCAACAGCAAUGAAGGCCUCUGUACAGUACAUUAAGAGAUAAUGGUGGCAUAUGAGAAUAAAUAAAUAUGUAAACACA